GCCAUGGUUGAGGAAGCAAAGCGUGGAGAGUUCACACAGGAUGGAACUGUGGAUCUCAAAGGAAACCCUAUCCUUAGAUCUAAGAGAGGUGGAUGGACUGCUUGCUCCUUUGUUGUUGUGUAUGAAGCGUUCGAGAGGAUGGCCUACUAUGGAAUAUCGUCGAAUCUGGUGCUCUACUUAACAAGGGAGCUCCACCAGGGCACCGUCACCUCUUCCAACAACGUCACCAACUGGAUGGGCACUAUAUGGAUGACUCCGAUCAUCGGCGCCUACAUCGCCGAUGCCCAUCUCGGCCGCUACCGGACUGUCGUCAUUGCUUGUAUUAUAUAUCUCUCGGGUAUGUGUUUGCUAACACUUGCUGUUUCACUACCAGCACUAAGACCUCCUCCUUGUUUCCAAAUAGAUGUAACAAAAUGCAAGCAGGUUUCAAAGUUACAAUUGGGUGUAUUCUAUUUAGCACUGUACAUACUGGCGAUUGGGACCGGUGGAACCAAGCCCAACAUCUCAACCAUAGGCGCCGACCAAUUCGACAGUUUCGAUCCAAAGGAGAAGGCCCAUAAGCUCUCUUUCUUCAAUUGGUGGAUGUUUAGCAUCUUCUUUGGCACCCUCCUUGCCAACACUUUCCUAGUGUACAUUCAAGACAAUUUGGGCUGGGGUAUUGGUUAUGGGCUCCCAACAAUUGGGCUGGGAAUAUCUGUGUUGGUCUUUCUUUCUGGUACACCCUCCUACAGGCACAGAAUGCCUACAGGAAGUCCCUUCACUAGAAUGGCCAGGGUCAUUGUUGCUGCAAUUAGGAAAUGGAGAGUUUCCAUCCCUUCUGACCCUAAAGAACUCUAUGAGUUUGACUUGGAGGAAUAUGCAACUAAAGGAAAGUUUAGGAUUGAUUCUACAAAUACCUUAAGGUUCCUCAACAAGGCCUCUGUAAGAACAGGUUCAAAUUCACCAUGGAUGUUAUGCUCGGUUACCCAUGUGGAGGAGACGAAGCAAAUGCUGUGUAUGCUUCCAAUUUUAAUUGCGAUGUUUGUUCCGAGCACAAUGAUUGCUCAGAUUAACACUCUUUUUGUCAAGCAAGGUACUACCCUGGACACAAGUAUAGGGAGCUUCCAUAUUCCCCCAGCCAGCUUAGCUGCAUUUGUUACUAUAUCAAUGCUUAUCUGUGUUGUGAUAUAUGACCGGUUCUUCGUUAAAAUGAUGAGGAAGUGGACUAAGAAUCCUAGAGGGGUUACGCUCCUUCAACGAAUGGGGAUUGGACUGAUUCUUCACAUUAUAAUCAUGCUAAUUGCAUCUCUAACUGAGAGAUGGAGACUAAGUGUGGCCAGACAACAUGGUCUGGUUGGAAAUGGAGGGACACUUCCUUUAUCCAUAUUCAUUUUACUACCACAAUUUGCACUUAUGGGAACAGCCGAUUCGUUUUUGGAGGUAGCAAAGAUUGAAUUCUUCUACGACCAGGCGCCAUUAAGCAUGAAGAGUUUGGGGACUUCUUAUGCCAUGACAAGUUAUGGGAUGGGCAACUUCCUUAGCAGUUUCCUUCUCUCAACUGUGUCUCACAUCACCAGAUCAAAUGGCCACAACGGAUGGAUUCUAGAUAAUCUCAAUGCCUCUCAUUUAGAUUAUUACUACGCAUUCUUUGCGGUACUAAACGUAUUAAAUUUCAUUUUCUUUUUGAUUGUGGCCAAGUUCUAUGUCUACAAAGCUGAGAUCUCUGAACCAGUGGAAGUGCUUAGAGAAGAUCAAAUGUCAACAUAUAUAGUCCCCAAGCAAGAGGAGCCAGUGGUUUAGUUAC